CACCCUGAACCAGGCCACGGGACGGAGGGUUCAGAGGCCACACUUGAGGCCCAGGCGGAGUCCAGGUGGGCCAGAGGGGGAAGAUGGCCGAUGGAGGCAGUGGCUUCAGCACCAGGACAUCCACAGAAGACCAGUACAAUGAUGACAGACUUGUCUAUGAGACUCUAUUCAAACAUUUCAAAAGACACAAGGUGGAGAUUUCAAAUGCAAUAAAAAAGCCAUUUCCUUUCUUUGAGUGCCUCCGGGACCGUGAACUCAUCAGCAAUAAAAUGUAUGAUGAUUGUCAAGAUUCUUGUAGAAACCUGGUCCCUGUACCAAGAGUGGCGUAUAAUGUUCUCAAUGAACUGGAGAAGACAUUUGACCUGCCACUUCUGGAAGCAUUGUUCAGCGAGGUCAACAGGCAAGAAUACCCUAAUUUAAAUCACAUUUACAAGAGCUUCGAAUUUGCGAUCCAAGAGAAAAUUAAUUACCAAGAAAGUGAUGAAGAAGAGGUGGACAACAGUCCUAAUACCCAACUGAGCAUUGAACAAGGAACUGGUGAAAACUCUUAUCGAAGCCUGACCUCGUCGUGCCCCCAAUCCUCAUCUUACCACGGCACAACCCCAUCCAAAAAUGGGCCCUUGGAGAACCUCUGUGAACCAGAGCAGAUAAAUGGAAACAGAACAGAUAUACCCAGUGACAAAAAUGAUGCACAAGAAGUCCAACAAGCAAAUGAGGAAUAUGCCCAAGAAUCUGAGCCAGCAGAGUCCUGUAAACAAGAACCCAUCCAAGUGAAUAACGGAGACACAAGAGAAGACACACCCAUCCCAUUGCCCUGUGAUGAAAAAAGCUCACCGCUAUCCAACCAUGGAAUCCAAAUCAAUUCCUGUUCUGUGCAUCUGGUGGAUAUAAAGAAGGAAAAGCCAUUUUCCAGCUCGACACUUAACCAGGCAUCUGCCGUAAUAGUGAUCAGCAGUGACUCAGAGGAAACCAGUGAUGAAGACAAGGCCCCAGAAGACUCCAUGUCAACACUGGAAAGUGGACCCGUGACCAAUAAUCUUGACUCAUUAGAAUCAAGGGAGAGAGGAGACUCCCAAGAAGCUACCUGCUCACGACUUCAGAUUACACUGGAUAAGGCAACUGUGGCCAGUAAUGUUGAAGAGUCAUUUAAAAAUUUACAUGGAGAGCAAAAGAAGAGCCAAUCAGGAACCCAGCAUUAUACUCCAGGCCAUCAGAACUGGAUUCAGUUGAAGGAAAGAGAGAAAAAUGAUCAUCAAAGGAUUGUUACGAUUACAAGCCCAUUGAGCUGUCACAGAAUUUCGAAAAGAUUUGUUGAGUAUUUGGAAUCCAGUGAGGAUGAGGGGCCUCCAAGAGCCUCGUGCUCAGUACUGAGAAGUGAUACUGAUGAGGAGGAUCCUGUGGAUAUUGGAGACAAAUCUAUUUGGGGGAUACGCAAGAGGAAAAGAUACUCCCUGGAUAAGCAAGGGAACUGGAAGAGGAAGUGUGUUCCAACAAGUGAAGAGGGGAUCAGCAGUGCUAACUGUUCAGAAUUAAGUGAUGCAGAAGAACCUCAGGAAUCUUCUAGCUCAGUCCUAAGAAGUCGGUCAGGAGCAGAGCCACAAGGACUUGGAAGUGCAAAGUGUUCCUGUGUCAUGUGUUUUUCAGAAGGUAUUUCAAGAGACCAAGGAGCAAGGACUGAGAGUAGCCAAGCAUCUGACAUAAUGGAUACCGUGGAUAUUGGAAACAAUUCUACUUCGGGAAAACACAAUGAGAAAAUAAGAAGAAAGAGAAGACAUAUACAUAAAAAAAGCAAUCUCCAAAAAGUGAGAAGGAGAGGCAGACAUAGAAUCCAAACUCUGAUUAACAGAGCCCUAUGGAACAGAGGCAAACGAAAAGGGAGAAAACCAGUCAUCACCAGGUCUUUGAGAAGAGGCAGAAAAAGAGGUCCAAGAAUUCCCAGAGAUACACGUAUAAAUUUUUACCUUAUGGAACUUCCUGUGACCUGUGGAGAGGCAAAGGGGACUUUAUAUAAGGAGAAAAUGAUACAAGGAACCUCAGAGAAGUGUAUAAAGAGUGUGGAUGGAAGGUGGUUCACCCUCAGGGAAUUUGAAGUUGAAGGAAACCACUCACGAUCCAAGAACUGGAAGAUGAGUGUGAGAUGUGGUGGAUUUCCCCUGAAAGAUCUGAUUAAGAAAGAAUAUCUACCAGAGCCACCAAGAAGAAAAAGAAGAAAACAGACAGUACCAGAGCCUAGCAGGAGUGACUUUUUUGACCCUUAUCCGGGAAACUCAAAUAUAUGUGAGGUGUGCCGUCGACCUGGAAAGCUGUUCUGCUGUGAUACUUGUCCAAAGUCCUUUCAUGAGACAUGCCACAUCCACCAUAUAGAUGUUAACAGGGACCCAUGGAGUUGCAUCUUCUGCAUGAUAAAGGCUCUUCAACCAAGUUACCCACAAAGCCAACAAUGUCACCAGAUAUCUGAGGUCUUACAGAGGCGGAUGGUGCCUGAGGAACAGUUGAAAUGUGAAUUUGUCCUCUUGAAGGUCUACUGCUGUUCAAAAAGCUCCUUUUUUGCCUCAAGACCACAUUAUAGUAACAAUGCAUCUCAUGGCCCAACAAAACACAUGUGGUUAAACAAAAUCAAGAAAAAGCUGAAUAAGAAACAGUACCUCCGAGUGAAGGGGUUCGUGCAGGACAUGUGUCUCAUCUUUCAAAACUACAGGGCUUUUUACAAGGACAACCAGAAAUUCAUCAAGUUUGGACUUCAGCUAGAGGCCAUAUUUAUGAAUACUUUUGGAAACAUUUUUGCAAUUCAGGAAAUAAGAGAGAAUAGUUUUCAGUUGGAGCCCACUCUUUCAUAAAGUAGCUCACCCCUCACCCCCCAACAGUUUUUUUUUUUAUGCUCAGAGAUCUUUA